CUUUCCAACCUCGUACUCAGCUCGCUUCGGCAGCUCGGUGGGCGGUGGGUGCGGGUGGCGGAGGCGAUUGAAGCUGCUGUCCCAGCAUGUGGUGCGCGAGCCCAGUUGCCGUGGUGGCCUUUUGCGCCGGGCUUUGGGUCUCACACCCGGUGCUGGCGCAGGGCCAGGAGGCUGGGGGGCGACCGGGGGCAGACUGUGAAGUAUGUAAAGAAUUUUUGAACCGAUUCUACAAGUCAUUGAUAGACAGAGGAGUUAACUUUUCACUGGACACAAUAGAGAAAGAAUUGAUCAGCUUUUGCUUGGAUACCAAAGGAAAAGAAAACCGCCUGUGCUAUUAUCUAGGAGCCACAAAAGACGCAGCCACGAAGAUCCUAAGUGAAGUCACACGCCCAAUGAGCGUGCAUAUGCCUGCAAUGAAGAUUUGUGAGAAGCUGAAGAAGUUGGAUAGCCAGAUCUGUGAGCUGAAAUAUGAAAAAACACUGGACUUGGCAUCAGUUGACCUGCGGAAGAUGAGAGUGGCAGAGCUGAAGCAGAUCCUGCAUAGCUGGGGGGAGGAGUGCAGGGCCUGUGCGGAAAAAACUGACUAUGUGAAUCUGAUCCAAGAACUGGCCCCCAAGUAUGCAGCGACACACCCCAAAACAGAGCUUUGAUCUCCAACGCCAGCACAUUUGUGACUUGUAAUUAGAGAGAAAAAUGACCCUCUAGUAUAUGGACAUGUUGAUUAAGGAUAACUGGGAAAUACAUCAUAUUUGGUCUCCUGC